CGUAAUCACAAACCUAACCUGUGAACCUAACCUUACUUCAAUCUGACUUUCUAAAGAUUUGUAAACAAUCCUUGCAGCAUUAUUUUGAAUUGUAAAAAAAUACUCGGCGUUUUAAACUCGUGUUCGAAAUGGUUUCAAGUGUUUAUCAGUGGUAAAUCCGUGUAUCGUCGAAUCAUUUGAGUGAAAUGGAUCGAAGACAUAGCAAGGGGCACAGUUCGAACUCCUAUAGGGGUGAAGCAAGAAAAUACCCUAGAAGACGCUCAAGAAGCCGAUCUAGGAGCCCGAGUCGUCGAAGACAUAGAUCAAGAUCCAGGAGUUCUGCCCAUGGCUCAACCCGAAAAAUUGAAGACUAUAAAUAUGAGCUAACGCGAUUUUUGGAAGAAAAUGCAAAUAUCAAGCAAACUGCUGAGUUUUGGACAUUCUACGAGAAAUAUUUGACCAUGCAAAAGGCUAAGCCCAAAGAUCCUGCCCUGGACCGCAAUGUUCUGUUAAAUAUUAGCUUUGCCGCACCCACAAACAUCCUGUGGGACAAGUUGCCAGUGCUGGAUAAAUAUGGAGAAAAAGUCGAACUCAAUAGGCAGGACUUUGAGGAGUUUUUGCUUAUAAUCCGAAUUUACAAGGACUUUCAACAGAAGUCGAAAUUUUCGAAACUUCACAAGCUGCGGUCUGCUCAGAGGGAUUUACCCAUUGCACAAUACAAAAGCGAAAUUGUCAACAAACUGAAAGAGAACAGAGUGCUGUUGAUAGCAGGAAACACUGGCUGUGGCAAAUCAACGCAAGUGCCCCAAUAUGUGAUGGAGGCCGGCUAUACUAAGGUCGUUUGCACACAACCCAGAAGAAUUGCAUGCAUUUCUCUGGCAAAACGAGUCGCAUAUGAAACUCUUACGGAUUUCAAGAGCACCAUCGGUUAUCAAAUAAGGUUUGAGAAGUCCAAGCGAGCAGAUACAAGUGUAAUUUUCAUGACUGAAGGGUUAUUGUUGAGGCAGGCUUCUGAGGAGGAGACUCUGAACUCUUAUGAUGUGGUCAUAUUGGAUGAAGUCCAUGAAAGGCAUUUGCAUGGCGAUUUUUUGAUAGGUAUUAUGAAAUGUGUGCUUUAUAAAAGGACGAAUCUUAAGUUGAUAUUGAUGUCCGCUACUAUUAACUUGAAGUUGUUUACCAGCUAUUUUAGCGAGGAAAAUAUAGAAGUGAUUCAAGUCCCUGGAAGACUCUACCCAAUAGAAAUAAAUUACAAGCCCAUAGUAAAAGACCCUUUUGAGAAAAAGAGGGAUAAGUUCAAUUGUACCCCUUAUCUACAAAUCCUCCAGAUGAUUGAUGAAAAAUACUUGCCAAACCAGAAAGGAGACGUUUUGAUUUUUUUAAACGGUUUUUCCGAAAUAUCCACUCUUGCAGACGCUAUAACGGAGUACAGUCAAAUGAAAAAGAACUGGAUUGUUCUGCCACUGCACAGCAGUUUAUCUCUUGAGGAUCAGGACAAAGUGUUCGAUUAUCCUCCCGAAGGAGUGAGGAAGUGUAUAAUUUCCACUAACAUUGCUGAAACAUCUGUUACCAUCGACGGAAUAAGGUUUGUUAUUGACUCUGGGAAAUGCAACAGAAUGAUCUACAACACCAAUGUGGGAAUCAGCAAGUUAAGCGAAGCAUAUAUUUCGCAAGACAGUGCCAAGCAAAGAAGUGGCCGGGCUGGACGAACCGGUCCAGGUGUCUGUUAUCGAAUGUAUUCCGAAGAAGACUUUAAUAGUUUUGAAGGUUUUACUCCAGCAGAAAUUCAUUUGGUGCCUUUAGAUUCGCUGAUAUUGCACAUGAUUUCGCUGGGAUUAACUGAUAUUGAAAAUUUUCCUUUCUUAGAAAAGCCCAGUCAUAAGGCCAUUGAAGAGAGCUUAGAGAAACUGAAAUUUGCAGGCGCUCUUAGUCUGUCAGAUGACUGCUUAUCUUUAACCCCUCUAGGGGAUUCUUUGAGUCAACUGCCCGUCGAUCUCUCAAUUGCAAAAAUGCUUAUAAUGUCGACUAUAUUCGGAAAUGUGAACUCUGUGCUAGCUUUAGCGUCACUUUUGAGUGUCCAAAGCCCUCUAACGCAAACCGCGUAUCGCGACUCUGAGGCGCAAAAUUUGAGGAGGCCUUUGGAAUCCAACCAUGGCGAUCCCAUCAGUUUGCUUAGUUUCUUCAAAGAAUGGCUUACAAUAAAGCAAUCAUCUGGACCAGUCCAGGGUAGCUCAACCAAAUCCCAAAACUCGAAAACUUGGAGCAAAAAGCGAUGUUUGGAGGAACAGCGAUUCUACGAAGUUACUAAACUGUUGGACCAAUUCAGGGAUAUUCUAACUGAGGCUAAUUUGCUGCAAAAGAUUGAGGAACAUCUGACAAGCAGCGAGCGAUCGAUCCGAUAUGGGGAAUUAAAACAGCUAAAGCAUAUGAAAUACGAACUAAAAAUCGAGUCUAAGAGCAGGCAAAGGAAGCAACUGAAAUAUGAAAUGUUUAAUUAUGGGGAAGACUCGGAGAAAGCCGAUUCUAAAACCGAUCUACGCGAUGUCGAGUUUCGAAUUACCAAUGACUUCAAGAGGCUCCAAAAAUUGCUCAAUGAAGCUAGCGCAGAUAGUUUUAAAGACCUGAUGCUGCUGAAAAUUAUCCUAACUAGUGGAUUUUAUCCUCAAAUUGCCGUUGAAGAUGAACACAACUCUUCCAAGACCGUAUCAGAAAGGCUCUAUCACACGAAGAACAAAAACUAUGUAUUUCUCAGACCCAUGAGUUACUUUGCCAUGAAUCCUGAGAUUUUGGAACUAUCAAAUGACGAAAUUGAAGUGCCUCCUUCCGGCUACUUCAGUAAAAGGCCGAUUUCCAAGAAGCAUCAGGUUUUAGUGUUUCAGUCCAUCUUGGAAACGAAGAAGGUGUAUUUGGUGAACGCAAUGCGAAUGCCUUGCAUUCAAACGCUUUUCUUAUUUGGAAAAACUAUCUCGACAAAUAGCUCACUAACUAAAUUUGUUGUUGAUGAUUUUUUGGCUUUGGAUGUUCCCUAUUUGGGACAGGCGAAAAAUUUGCUGUUGAAAGCGUUGAGUCUCAGGCAAAAGUGGACGCAAAAGUUGGAAUUUAAACUGAACAACCCCACGUACAAACAGAGUGAUGCAGAUAAGGAAGACAUUUUCUAUUUCAUAGAAGAUUUGGUAGCCUACAUGCAAUCGGCGGUUGCUUAUAACAUGAAAAGACUGUUGCCUGCUGAUUUGAAGGAUCUUUUUUCCUACUCUAGUGAAACUUUCAAUCACAUUAAGGACAAGCUGAAAAACCCCUUUAACCCGGGCUUUGCAAUGUGUCCGAAUACUGUAAAAGGGGGGUUUAAUGUGACUGAAAACGUUAUUUACGAUUGCUUAAACGACGAAGAUUGGGCUUAUGCUGUAGAAGUGAACAUUUUUGAAACCGGAUUAUUAUGCAAGCAUUGUAAGGAAACCUUUCCCGGUCGAACACUGUUUCAGUUCAUGCAGCACGAAGAAUUUUGCGAUAGUAAAGCGGUAGCAGUAAAACAAGAAACAACUGAAGUCGAGACUACUGUCGUUAAAGCUAAUUCCAAGAAAUGGCAUUGCGACAAAUGUUCGCAAGAUUUAGUGUUAACACCGACGGAAAUUUUGAAACAUAGAAAUAGUUGUAAAUAAACGAAGCUUAUUGUCGAAAAAAAUUGAUUCAUUUUUACUCGUUUCCAUUAGGCAAAGUUGUGAUUUAGAUUAAAUCUGGAAUAAAAAUGUUUUGUA